UUUUAAUUUGGGGUCAUAGUGCAGCAUUAGCCACUGACCGCAGCUACAGCCCCAACUAGUGGUGGGUGGCUACAGUACAUAACAUUUGAUAGGCUGUGGUGCACUUGACAUUUCAGUGUGGAAGCAAACUGAUCCAAAUUCAACAAUGUUGCAACUUCACCCCUGAAUCGCACAAAGUCCACCAAGCUUCAUAUGAAAAAUUGACAAAACAAGUAUGCCCUUGACUUACACCUGGCAGAUAAUAACUGUUAGAGGCGUUCCUGCAUUGGAUGAAACACAGUCACUUUUCUCUGUUUAAUAGAGCUCAUUUGUCUUCAUCCCAGUAGAGUCCGUAAUCUCUGUUGUAUCUUUGUUUUUUGUCAUUGCAGGGGUUUUCCUGUUGCCUUACUGCAUCUUUGCUGUGCUGUUAGGCAUGCCACUCUUCCUGCUUGAGACUGUGAUUGGUCAGUACACACAGGAGGGCGCUAUCACCUGCUGGACCAAGCUCUGCCCCCUGGCAAAGGGGACUGGCUAUUCAAUCAUGGUGAUCCAGCUUUAUUCCAGAUUCUACAUCAUUAUCCUGGCAUGGACCCUACUGUACCUCAUAAACUGUUUCAGAGACCCUCUGCCCUGGGCCAUUUGCAACAAUCCCUGGAACACAGACCUUUGUGUUGACCUCACCUCUGCAAACAACACUGAAGUACACGGUGGCAACUUGACCGGAAACUGGACAUCUAGAAAUAUCACCAAGUCUUCAGUCUCUGAGUUCUGGGAGAGAGAAGUGUUAUCCAUGUCUGGUGGAAUAGAAGAUGUUGGCUCAGUUAAGUGGGAGCUGCUGCUGUGUCUCCUGACCUGCUGGGUUGCCUGCUACUUCUGCGUCUGGAAAGGUGUCCGCUCUACAGGAAAGCUGGUGUAUUUCACAGCUGUGUUUCCAUACGUGACACUGGCCAUCCUGCUGGUCAGGGGUUUGACCCUGGGUGUGGUCUACUACCUGUAUCCAGAUCCGUCUCGCCUGGCAGACCUCCAGGUUUGGAUAGAGGCUGCCGCCCAGGUCCUUUUCUCCUAUGAUGUUGCAUCAGGAACCAUAAUCACACUUGGCAGCUACAACAAAGUCAAGAACAACUGCUACAGGGACAGUCUGUGGUUGUGCAUGCUCAACAGCAGCACCAGCUUUGUUGCUGGUUUUGCAGUCUUCUCAGCUCUGGGCUACAUGGCCCACAAACAGGAAGUUCCAAUCAACAUGGUGGUAGAAUCAGGGCCUGGGCUGGCAUUCAUUGCUUAUCCUCAGGCUGUAGCCAUGAUGCCCCUGCCUCAGCUGUGGGCAGCCUGUUUCUUUGUUAUGCUCAUUCUUUUGGGACUGGAUACACUGUUUGCAGGUUUGGAAACUAUAACUUCGUCAGUGAUUGACAUGUUCCCAGAACAAAUGCGCAAACCGUGGUGCAGAGAAAUCUUCCUCAUGUUCUUCUGUUCUGCUGGCUUUAGUAUACAGAUCUCCCUCACCACUCAGGGUGGAGUGUAUCUGUUCCAACUGAUCGACUACUAUGCAGCAAAUGGAGCAUGUAUAUUAUUUGUGUCUUUUGUCCAGUUUAUGGCUGUUGGCUGGGCCUUUGGGGCUGAACAGAUUUGCGAUGCAGUUAAAGAAAUGACGGGACAGAGACCAUCUAUUCUUUUUCAUCUGUGUUGGCGUUACUUCACCCCUCUAAUCUGCAUGGUUUGCUUCAUCUGCUCCUUCCUGGACUAUCAGCCACUGAAAUCCAGUGGGGGCCAUGCGUACUCAGACUGGGCUUACUAUCUGGGCUGGUGCAUGGCUCUGUCCUCUGUGAUUGCAGUACCUAUCUGGACUAUCUACAAGAUCUUCCUCACCCAGGGCACCCUCAGACAGGUAAUAGCACUACCACACCCUCGUCUGACGGUACUGUGGCAUCCUGUUAAGGAUCCAGUUAGUCCCAAGACAAACAAAGAACAUCUUCUGGAUGAAACAGAACAAAUAAAUAUGACAGCACCUGUCCUAGAUAAAUUAUAAACCUGAAAGGUACUUCUGAGUUUGUCUGAGCAUGUUAUGUAAAGACAAACUUUGGCCCCAGACUCAGUGUUGCUGACUGAAGAAAAUACUUGUUAAUAAUAAGUGAUGUUUGUAAAUGAAAUGUUGAAUACUAAUUACUUGUACCGUGAA